AUGAUUUUUCAUUAUGUACCUUUUGUACUUUUGUUUUUACACUUUUCCUUUGGAAAGUUGCAAUCCGCCUUAGAUCCGGAAGUUUAUCAAACAGCUGUAAUUAUUGAAAGCAAAGGAUACUGGGUCAAAGAAUAUGUAGUUGCAACUGAGGACGGGUUCUAUCUCACUCUGCAACGGGUCGCUCAAAAGUCUAAGUUGAGUAAUGCACAACGAAACGUUGUCCUGUUGCAACAUGGUCUGCUUGACUCUGCGCACACGUGGAUUAAUAACUUGGCAAAUCAAAGCUUGGGAUUUAUUCUUGCUGACCUGGGUUUCGAUGUCUGGUUGGGUAACAGCCGUGGUAGUACCUACUCCCAAAGACAUGCCUACCUUCAGCCCAGCGAUUUAGCAUUUUGGGAGUUUUCAUGGGAUGAAAUGGCACAUUACGAUUUGCCUGCAGUCAUCAAUUUUAUUGUUGGAGUAACAGGAGUUGACAAAAUUUUCUAUGUUGGACAUUCACAGGGUGCAGCAAUAGCAUUUUCUAAGCUUAACAGCGACGCCGCACUGCGUUCUCGAGUGGCCGCAUUUGCCGCUCUUGCCCCAGCCGUUUAUCUGGGUGAUGUGGAAAGUCCUUUUCGCCUCCUUGUACCUGUUUGCAAAACUCUUGAAGUCGCAAAAGUUUGGCUUGGCUCCAGACGUUUUUUACCAUCGAACUGGCUUGUGCGAUUCCUAACCACAUUUGUUUGUCAAAAGGAGAACUACCCUUUCGUUUGUAAAAACAUCAUUUUCCUUUUGGCAGGAUAUAAUGCGAAAAACCUAAAUACGACACGACUGCCAGUGUACGUCUCACAUACUCCCGCCGGAACGUCCGUUCAAAACAUUGUUCAUUACUGCCAGAGUAUAUCCCACGGACGAUUCCAGGCCUUUGAUUUUGGUACGAAAAAGAACAUCGAAAAGUACAAUCAAACGGCUCCACCGUUAUUCCACUUGGACAACUUUGACAUCCCUACCAGUGUCUACUAUGGUGGCCGCGACUGGCUGGCGGCGCCGCAGGACGUGGAAAGGAUCCUUCUAGAGCUGCCGAAAGUCCCUGGACGGGUGCGCAGUGUCUACUUACCGGAUUAUAACCACCUUGAUUUCGUCUGGGGACUUGACGCUGCUAAACUGGUCUAUUCCGACAUUGUUGAAUUCUUCAGAGGACAUCAGUAG